AUGCUUGAUAGCGCAUGUACUGGCAACCUACUCGCCGAAAAGAACAAGCUGCACAAGGCCCAGACCGACGGCCGCACCGCCACAGGCAAAGCGGCAUUCUUCAUGUGGCGCCGCCUGAUGCGGCAACGGCCACGGGAGAUGCAGAACGAUUGGAUGGCUCAGAAGGCCGAGGAAAUGCAGGGGUAUGUUGACCUCAACAAGACAAAGAAAUUAUUUACAUCAAUCAGGACGGCCUACGGCCCCAUAGCCAUAACUUCGUCGCUCAGUCCCGACGGAACAACAAUCCUGACGGCGAAAUCGUGGACUCUUAAGCGCCGGACCGAGCUCUUCAAGCGUAUCCUCAAUCGUCCAUGCGCGAUCUGCGACGCCGCCAUCGACCGGCUUCCCCAAGUGAAAGUCAAGAUCGACCUGGGUCUCGCGCCCUCCCUUUCAGAAACAAUCCCCGCUGUGCAACAACUCUCCGGCGAGAAAGCACCGGAAUCUGAAGUGAUCCUAACCGAUGUACUCACGCAAGGUUAUCCCGGCUGAUUGACAAAUUUACGACGAUUUUUCCGGAUAUGUGACAUUAAGGACAAAUUCCUCAGGGUCUCAAGGACACAACAAUCAUUCAUCUCUACAAACGGCCGGGGGGAAAGACAACACUGUUGCGAUUACUGACACGACCUUUUCCGCCCGCCAGCUGCAAGAAAAAUAUCGGGAAAUGUGGACCCACCUCUGCACAACCACCGGGAAUUUGACGAAAGCCUUCGACGCGAUGAGUCGCGAUGGACCUUGGAAAAUCAUGCCGGAAUUCGAAUGUCCUGAGCGACUCACGCGCAUAGUGUGUCAGCUUCACAAGGGGAUUAUGGUGCGCGUCACGGACGAAGGGUCCGUCUGAGAAGCAUUCGCGGUGACCAAAGGAGUAAAGCAGGACUGCAUGCCCUCCCACACCCACUUCAGCCUCAUGUUCUCCGCCAUGAUGAUGCAUGUCUACCCUGAUGAGUGCCCCGGGAUUCGCAUCUCCUGCAGGACCAUCUUCCAGGGUCAUCUUCCCAAACUUCAGUGCAUGCUGACACCAACGGCCCUCUCCAUUGAAUAAGGAGACACGAUCGCUGGGACAAGAGCUUUAUUAGCCUGACGUUUCGGAUUCCUGCUCGAACCCAUCAUCAGAGACAACAGCAGAUACGGGUGGUUCAUGCACAAGGGGCUUCAGUAUUUAUAGGAUGCAGUCGCCAUGCUACCGCAUACCUAUGAAUGUUCACGGUUCCCCGUUAAUCAGGGAUCGUUGCACUUGAUGUGCUGACUGUUUGACGGCCGACUUUCGCGUCCUUAAUUGCUCCGAUUCCAUCACGCGUGUUGGAUGUUGGUGUGAUGAUUGCUCGACCAUCUGACGCACCGACACUGGCGUUGGGAACAGUGUUCACCUGUGCGCUUCCCGCAUGGCUAAUUACUCCGCCUAGGAGAAGUCUCAGCACUGAGUAUGGAAGGGGAAGGUCACUGCACUUGUUAAGGGACUGGGGCCAGUAAACCAUGAUUCAAGUAGCUCCCGGCUCACGCGGCUGUCACCUCUUGCGAGAAUUUCGGCCUCGUCCCCUUGGGCAUGAAGCAUCCGCAUUUGCUUUUGCUUCUGAUGAUGGGUUCGAGCAGGAAUCCGAAACGUCAGGCUAAUAAAGCUCUUGUCCCAGCGACCGUGUCUCCUUCCUCAAGACUGCUUCCUGCGACUCGUCUCUUCGCCUCUCUCCAUGACUACUAUCCACGAUAUGUACUUCACGUACGAUUGCAAGUUGAACACCGAGUCAGAAACAGACAUACAGCGGAGUCGGGGCGUCUUCAACUGCUGUACGUAGCAGAGAUCUGGACAGUUUACAAGAAACGAUCUCGGAAACAAAUCAUUCCGGUCCCGGUUGUUUUUGAAUAAUCUUAUGGCAGGAUCUCGGGCAUGUAAAUUUUGGAAUCGACGGGAAUCCGCGGCAUUAACACUAUCCUGAAUCAUCGACAAUUGCGACGAAUAGAUCAUAUCAUGAGGAUGAACGAUGAGCGAAUACCCAAACGAUUCUGCUGCUGAGACGCCUCUACGUCAACUCGCCGACAAGGUGGUCAAACACGCCUCUAGAAGGACACCUUGAGGAGUCCCUCGAAACGAUUACAAAUUAAUACGAAGACCUGGAAAACCCAGAAAAGGAUCGACCGGCCCGAAAUAGAGCAGUGAAGACUGGGGAGGCUACCAUGAAGCCAACCGUAUUGUUACUGCCAAAGCCAAAAGAGCAGCUCGAAAAUCUCGAGCGUGCCCGACUCCCGGACGCCAGCGUCCCAUUUUUCCCACCAUGGCCGCGUUGUCGGCGAGCAUUCAGCGGACGGAUCACCAAACGCUGCCACUUCUACUUAUCUCAAUACCAAUCGGUUGACCGGCUCAGACCGUUGACUGGUGCGAGUGGGGUCGACUCACAGCACAUAAUUCCUCACUAUAAACAACCUGGAACGCUUGAAUCUAUCACAGUGCGCUAAAAGCCGUGGCUUGGAAGAUGGAUGGAGAGUCAGGCUGCUAUGGCCUGUAUGGCAUUCUCACCCAGUAAGUUUCCGAGUCCCCCUCCCUUUUUCUCUAGUUUUGUAAAACUCUGGUCAGUUGUACGCGAUGGACGGGGGGGGGGAGGUGUUGUGGUACGCCUAGGUGCGGUUUUUCGCUGUGCCAGCCACCUGCACCCCCUGCCUCCGGUUUUCUCCAUUCUGUCAUAGAACAACUCCCAGGUGGGAGAAAGAGGGAGUGAGGUAGAUGCUGAGCAAGUCCAUUAUCACUACAAACAAAUUCACGCUCAAAAGUUACCAUCCCUGCUCCCACCAUGGUGUGAAGCAUACGGUGGACAUACUCGGAAACAAGUAUCGAAGUGUCAUAUGGCACGCCCGCGCGUGUCUGUCAUCUAAUCCACAUGACCAGACUCUGUCAGACAUCACGACUAUAGGAUAAGUAAGAUGUGUACCUUCGCAAAUGCCACGUGUUACCCGUCACGACGACUCUGGUGGACUGCAUCGCGUGAUCGCUGCAUGAGUGGUGUGACGCUUUUAAAGAAGAACCAAACGUCUGCCCUAGACAAAAAACCAUAUUCACAGAAAAGUCAUGUCAAGCGCAAAUCGCUAGGGUUAGCACUUAUCUACGGAUCAACGUUGACGGCACAGUUGUCAUAAAUGGCUUGCGUGGAGUUUUAACUGGUUAUUUGUAGUCGGGUCCGGCAGAGAUGGCCAGGCAGACGACAGUUCGGCCGUCGAUUCGACAAUGUCCACCGUAUGCUCCAAAGCAAGGUGAAGUAGGCACGGCGAUUGUGCGUGAAUUGGUUUGUGCGAGUUGACUUUCACAGCAAAUACCACACUCUCUCCUCCCCCACCUGGACCUGGUGUCAAGACAGAGUCCAUAAGACCGGAGGUGGGGGAGGGCGCAGGUGGAUGGCACGGCCGAGCCCGCAUCAGGGUGUUCCAUUCCACACCCCCUGGUCCAAACAGCAAAUGAUUAGGUUUUGACCAAUCGACAAUAAUGGGAAGGGGGACAGGCGGCAGGGAUCCCAGUGUGCGCAACGCUUGCCCCCAAGCGGGCCUACCACCGCACCCCGACAUUUUGGCAUUUGUUGUGGUGUGCAACUCCGAUAACUCCUGCCAGAAUGCGAUAUGGCCCCCGUAUUGGUCCAGCGCAUAUACCACGUGGCUCGUUUAGGGGACACGCCGGAGAGAAAUGUACAGUGACACGCCCGUGGUCUCCAACGGCACAAAGUGAUUAGAACUGCCGUUGUGGGUGAAGAGAUAAAAGCGUGGCAUGACUUGUCAAACCACGGAUAAACCCAUCCAUUUUUGCGAUAGUUCGACCGUCGCGAACGAUGCUGUCCACCGCGUGCCCCGCAUAACGGUCGACGACGGACGGGGACUUGUGAAUGAAUUAGUUUACAGUGAUAGUCGGGAGAAGGAGGGAGUGUGGUGGAUGCAGCGCAAGUCUGCUGUCACCAUGAACUAAUUCACGCACAGUUCACCAGCUCUGAGCCCACCCCUCUUGUGGAGCACAACUUAGACGUCGUCGGAAAGGAAGGUCGAACUGCCAAAGGGAUACCAGAACUGCGCAGCAUCUAUCGCACUCUCUCUUCCCUCACUCCCCCGGAACCGGCUGCAAGGCAGAGUCGGGACGGCUGGAUGUGGGCUGAGACAUACAAGGCUAUACCGCCCUCUGCUCGUGGCAAACUCGCGUGGUCUACACACGAUGGGCCGGGGUCUCAAGAGGGCGCCUUGGAUCUCACCCAAGUGGGAUCGCCAUGGAGUCUGCUUCCAGAAGGAACCGUUGAGCUCGGCUCUCAGAUUACUUACUGGCUCUUUUAGCUGACACCGUUUCGAGCCACACCUUUUUGCGUGCCAUGGUAGAUUUAAGCUCAUUAGAGUUAUUAUUAAUGUGAAGUGGGCUGAUGUGCCAGGGGAUAGAUUACCCAGUGUCGACCUCACUCGUCUCCUCCUCUCCCAUGCACCAGUGCACCGCCCGAGCUUAUCCACCCGCUGGCGUUCGGAUUUGUUAAACUGACUAGAUUCCUUUAUAUUUCCAUUGGCUUAAGAUUCAGGGUUAUUAAGAUGGUUUUUGUAAAAAUAACCUUUUUCAACUCCAGUAUUUUGGUUUGUUUUUGCUUGCUUCGCUCCGAAUUGAGAUCGGAGUCAAAGGUUACUAGUGGGGCUAUGUCUUUUUUCUGAACAAAACGUAGGAUUAAUUAGUGAUGCAGGGUUUUACCUAGUCCUUGCACUUGCAAUGAAAUAAGCAUCCUGAUAACUUCGGGGAUAUGUUUAUACCGAAUGUUAGGGCUAGAUGCCUGUUAAAAACACGAGUGAAGAUUAAGAAAAGGGCUCUGUUAUGUGGCCGAGGUCUAAAAUUAAGAUUUGGGCACUUGGAAGGGGUUGUGCAAAAUGAGUCUAGUAGUUUUUUAGAGGCAGAACACACAAAGGAUAAAAUUUGAAAUUUGGAAUCCCCUACUACUUUGCGUGUUAGUGAAUCCUUCACCGAAACCUGAGCAAGACAUAUCCCUUUACCACAUGUAAGCCUUAACGACUGAAAUGGCACCAAAGUUGACCUGAGAAUGAAAUAAUCAUGAAAAGAUUUACUUUCAAUAACAUUCGCUUUUAGUGGACGACCAGAGGUGGGUUUUCUUGUGUUUGCAUAGUUUGAUUUCGAGCUGAAAGUGCGAAACGCCGCCCAAGGAACUAGCUCGAUAAGGAGCAAAUUUCAGGAAAAAGGGGAUUUCCAAGGCAACGGAACUGUUUGUUUAUUUUUCAACGCUUUCGAAUUCGUGCAGGCGUCCAUCGUCAGGACAAACAGCAACAGAGCAGGUGGCGGUUAUACGGGGGGGGGAUUAGCCAAUCAACAGCUAAUGCCGCAGGCCUGCAUGAGAUUGCUCAGGGCUCUGUAUUCAAGCGCUAAAUCCAUACAUCGAUUAAAUGAAUUCUCAUCGAGGGACCAGGCUUAAAUCAACUCCCGGCUUGUCUUGUUUUCGGCAUGAGCAGUUAUCCUGGCGGCUGCGAAGUUGAACUCGUGACCUGUUUCGAAGGUGCUGACAGUAAUUAGUGUUAAUUAUUCAUCCUGCUCCACAGCCAGCUCAUGUUCACGAUUCGAACAUGCGCUCAGUCUGACCUCUGUAAUUACAAGCAAAAAUAACAAACGGUCCCGGUGGCUGAUCAUGAAAACGUCCAAUACGGCCAAAAUAACUAACACCGAAGAAGUGAUCGCCGCAUUCGUGGAUGGAAAGAAGGUAUCUAAUUUAAAAUAAGAGUCGGAAGGCAUCCUGAAAUACAAUCAGCUGUCCAGAAAUCUUAAAGUACUCUGAACAGAGCGAGGAGAAGUGUGUAAGAGUUCGCCAUAGAGGACCCCAUUGGGAGCUAACGUCACAGAUCAUCACUAAAGUUUUGGUUUUGUCUACAGUAUUUUAGCCCUAUUUUACAGGUUACUGUCCGGAUUCGGUGGAUGGAUUUGCUGCACUUAUAUGGGGGCUCAAGAAAGGGGUUCUAAUUAAUCUGAUUGCUGCAAGGACGAAGAUCAAAUCACCAGUUGGCUGAUGUCCGAAGUUAAACUAACAGCUAAUAUAGUCUGCAUCCUGCCUGACAAUCAGCCGGCCGCAAGUUAUAUAUGCUCUCCACCUACUUUGACUGUCUGAGUUGUUGCGUGCAUUUUUGAUUAUCUAGUAUCAAAAACGCAUGCCCUUCUGAUCUCACUCAAAUUCUCCACGUGUUCCAUCAGAAGCACCACUUUAUAUGCAUUAAAUCUUUCAAAUCUUGAACAGGCGUACGACGAGACUCAGGAUGCACUCAAAAUUGAACACUCCAUGAAGUUGUUUGAAUUCUGCCAACGAACUUUCUUCACUUUUGCGGGAGAGACCUAUGAGCAAAUAAAGGGAACUCCAUCGGGCUCACCGGUCUCCGGUUUAGUGGCAGAACUGGUCCUAUAGGAGUUAGAAAAUCUUGCCUUAAUCCAACACAAGCGGGUAUUUUGGCGCCGUUACGUAGACGACACGUUUGUCAUCGUAUAGGAGGACAUGCUGCAAAAUUUCCUCGACUUGUUCAAUGUAAUCUUCCCUGAUAUAAAAUUCACGAGGGAAGAAGAACAGGAACAGCAGUUGCCAUUCUUGGAUGUGCUUGUCGGACGAAACCUUAACGGUGAACUUGAAACGACAGUUUAUAGAAAGGCAACGAACACCACACAGUUUCUCAGUUUUCACAGCAACCAUCCGGUGGCAAGCGAAGCUUUGUGAAGACGCUCUUCAAACGGAUAUAAACUCAAUGCAGCAAACCGGCGGACAGAACACGUGAGGCCCGUUAUCUCCGCGACCAGUUUGUACGAAACGGCUAUCCGAGGGCAUUCAUAAAUCGUUGUCUUCGCGAUCGCCCCCAGGUGACUCAAACAUCAACGCCACCGACGAUAUGGCAUUUUCUGCCAUACAUCAAGGGUGUUUAAGAAGCGACCGAGCGCAUUGCUGCGGAGCUAGGUUUUGGAAUUGCACAUUGUCCAAAAGCCACCAUGCGCAAUAGGGUCAUGAAAAUUAAAGACCGGUUAACGUCUGAAGAGCAAUCUGGAGUAGUGUAUCGCAUCCCCUGUCAAAACUGUUCUUAUAACUACACAGGCCAGACUGGGCGCAUGCUCGGAUCGCACAUCCACGAACAUGAGCUGGCUGUGCGACGAGGCGGUGCAUUAUCACAAGUGGCCACUCACACCUACGAAAUGGGUCACGAGUUAAACUUCGCAGUCACCAAAAUAGUCGCCCACGCUGGAAACAAAACAGGCCGAGAAUUGGUUGAAGCCUGGGCCUCGGAUGAGACCUCGGCCGAUCGAUUUAUCUACCUGGCGCCGGCGUACAGAGCCCUGCGCAGCCAUUUCCAGUCUCGCGUCAUCGGUCGAUGA